GUGCUUCGGUCUGGUAGAAUUGGCUACUGUAGCGGACGUUUAUGUGUAUACGACCACAGCUACAACGUCACUGCAAUGUGAAUAGCGCAUGGUUUGGAAAAGUGUCCCUCCACUUAUAAUCGACAACUACGAACAGGACACAUUUUUCUUUGAGUUCUUUCUUUACUUUGUGUUCAAUUUAAUGAUGGAAAUAAGGGUUGACUAUGUAAUGACUUCAAAGGAUAUCAGUUUCUCGAGUACGGACAGCCCAAGAUCGGAAGUGGGUGAUUUUAAGCAGAGCGACAGAUUUACCACCCCUUGACCUCAUUAAGUCAGAAAGAAGAAAGCAAGACCCCUCCCACCCCACAUCUGCUUGACAGGAAGAGAUGAAACAGAGAUCGUUAACCUCCAAGGAAUCCCAUUUCUGAUAAAGAAAAGAGGACAGAUAUUCAGCACAUUGGAAAGAAAUCACACUCUUGACUGCCCGUGACAGAUAUAUAUAUAUUUUUAAAGAUUAACAGUUUGGUACAACAGGAUAGCAAAUAUUUUUCUAACGAACUAUCAAAGGUGCUGUUGAUUGAGGCUGCCUCACAGCUUGUGCUUGCACUUCAAAUGGUCACAUUGUUCACUCCUUUCAGACGAUUAUAUUUUGUAAUCUACAACUCUGCAAUUACAUUCCAUACUUGCAAUUUGCCAUGCAGAAAACCCUAAAUUGUAAACUGCAUGUGUUUGCCUUUGAGUGCAUCUGAGAACUGUUAUAAAAUUAUGACAUUCCCUGCCUUAAUAUGUCAUGCACUUUUCUGAUGCAAUCCUUUCAAACCUCCGUCUCAAGUCAAACCCUCCAUUGAGGAAGCUUUCCCUCUUAUUUAACACGUUGCGGUCUCUAAACGCUUAUAAUGUACAAAAUGAUGGUCCUCAAGCAUCCGAAAAGCAGGAUUUUCACUGUGCUGUUCUGCAUCAUUACCAUCACCACUUUUUUAUUCAGCUACAACUACAGUGGCCCACCGUCAUACUUUUUCAAAUUUGCCUUCCGGCUGUCGGACAACUCUGUUUCCAAGGCACUGUGUGCCUGUAGCCAGUGCAUCUCUGUAGAGGACGAAGACCCCUGGUUAAUGGAACACUUUAACCAGUCGAUGACGCCACUCAUGUCGAAGAAGAACAGCAUGCUUUCUGAAGACACCUAUAAGUGGUGGCAGUGGAUCCAGUCUGAGAAGCACCCAGCCAACUACAAAGAGGUGGUGCAGCGAUUAUUCCAGGUCAUCCCUGGUGAGGAGCACUACAUGGACUCAGGGCCCAAUCGUUGCAGGACUUGCGCUGUUGUAGGAAAUUCUGGGAACCUCAAAGGAUCCAACUAUGGAGCCCUAAUCGACUCCAAUGACUACAUCAUAAGAAUGAACAAAGCUCCCACUUCAGGCUAUGAAAAGGAUGUAGGGAGAAGAACCACCCAUCAUGUCAUGUACCCAGAAAGUGCUAAAAACCUGCAAAACGACACACACCUGGUGCUGAUACCCUUCAAGAUUUUGGAUCUACAGUGGAUCAUUAGUGCUUUAACCACAGGAACUAUUAAAUACACCUAUAUGCCGGUGAUGGCCAAGAUAAAAGCAAACAAGAAUAAGGUGUUAAUAUACAGCCCCACUUUCUUCAAGUACGUCUAUGAUUCCUGGCUUGAAGGACAUGGGAGAUAUCCCUCCACUGGUUUUUUAACCUUGAUGUUUGCCAUUCACAUAUGUGAUGAGGUGAAUGUUUACGGAUUUGGGGCAGACAAGGGAGGAAACUGGCAUCACUACUGGGAAAAUAACCUCAUGGGAGGUGCCUUCCGCCACACUGGGGUGCAUGAUGGUGACUACGAGUACAACAUCACCUUGCUGCUGGCCAGUAAAAACAAAAUCAAAAUUUUCAAAGGGAGAUGACGGCUCAGUACCUGGAAACUGCAGUUGGCCUGUGAAAUGAACACAGCCUCCGAACGGCCUUAACAUGCUUUUGGCAAGGAAAUACCAAAGGGCCAGGUCAAACUGCCCCCCAAAAUCAUUGUGGUACAUAAGAACCAAUGGCAAAUGUAAAGCAGUAUUACAUUUAGCCAAAGAAACACUUUUUUACGCAAAAUUUAAAAAUGAAUUAUUUUUACGUAGCUGAGAGACUAUUGGUGGAUUUACCCUAUUCCUAGAGCAUCACAAAGCCACUUGCGCCAGAUAGCUUAGACAAGUUGUAUAUCUGUGUGACAGUAGUGGGGGAAUGUUGGCAGAACUGAGUGAUAAUGUAUGCAUCUCAUUUCCAUGGCAACAUGAGUGUUAAUGCUCAUUGUUUUUCUCCUCCAUAUACUGUAGGUAUGUUACUUAUGACAGAUGGCAAUGUUUUUAUUUUCUAUGCCAAUGUUUUCAAUGAACUGUUGUUGCCACAUGUAGUAAGUGACUUGGAAAUCAAGAAAUGUUCUAUCGAUAACAAUUGAAAAGUUAUAAAGAACAUUCAAAAUUAAUAUAGAAUUUUUGCCUUUAUGAUCUGAGUAAACAUGGUGAAUGAUCUGAAUUGCUAUUCGGUGCAUUUCCUGCAUUGUAUCAUUUAAUGAGGCUUGAAGGACAUUCUGAUAUGCACAACAAUAUGCAGGAUUGUAACUAACAAGGAAAUUCUGCAAGGGUGUGCAAGUUCCAUUAGCUCAUCCAUUUCUCCUGAAUGCUAUCAUGAUCAAAAGCCUGCACUAGAUUUUUAAGCACAUCCCUCUUAAAAAAUGGAAUAUUUUGCCACUGUGAUUAUAGGAAUGACAGGACCCCAUGGAGUGACUAGAACUUUUGGCUUGUUUCUCUUUUCAAUCCGGGGAUCAGAGUUCACUGAAAUAGAGUUUACUGCCCAUGUGGCUCACAUGAUUACAGUCACUGUCAAAUCUGCUGUUGUGAACACAGCCUGGAAAUAAAGCAGUAAUGGAUAUCUUUGUGUGAGAGGAAUGGAGCCCAAUGCAUGAGCUCCUGUGUCUCCUCAUCUUCAGAAAGGGUCUGACUGUGAGGCCUACAGUAUGUCUCUUUAUGUGAAGUGCCUUAUCAAUAAAAUUCCUAAUGUGUAAUGUUUGGGAUUUGGUGGAUAGGGGUUAUGUGCCUUUUUAAACUUUAUCUUAUAUUUCUAUGAUUGUUAUUGAUUUUUAUAUUUUAUCAAAAAUGUAUUUUAUUUGUUUGUUGAAUACAAAGAUCUAAUUAGAUCAUUAAAUCUUUAUGAAGUGA